AUGAGAAUAGUUUAUAUAUUAGUGUUACUUGUUUGUUAUGUGGCCUGCAACAAUGAUAACGAAUCUGAGAUCGAAGACAAGAAAAGGAGGAUAAUUGAACAAUUAAUGAACACUCGUCCUGUAAUUUUAGAAGGAUAUCAAUUGGUGACUAGACAUGUCGGAAUCGAUGUACACAUGUACAGAAGUUAUCGUACGGUGUCUCUCGUAUUUUAUCGUGUCGUUAACGAUGUUAGCGAUGCUCGCUUUACAUUUCAAUCAGAGGAACUUCAUUUGAACAAUAUAGGUUCUUGCAGCCCUAAAGAAGUAAUCGUACAUUUAAAACAUGGCUCAUUUCCGACAGUCAAUCCAGAUGGAUAUCCAUUUCCAAAGAAUUUUAUUGAUGUUGGUAUUCGAGAAAAUAUGUACACACUGAACCUUUUAUCAGACGGCAACAAUAUAACUUAUUUCAUGAAAAAUCCUAAGCCUGGUAUAUGGUAUGCUCUAGCGUAUAUUAAAUGGGAGGAUCCGAGGAUACAAAAAGUUGAACAGCAAGGUCUAGUCGCCGCCUGCAGCACAAUACUUUACACAGACCUACAAACAAAAGUUGACGAAACCUCCCGUUACACGAACUGUUACAAAAAAUUAACAAUAGAUUAUACGACUUUACCGGCCCUAUACAAAUGUCGAGCUGAAGACAGCUUAGAACCAAUAAAACUUAAUAUAAAUUUAGUCAAUGCAACCACUUCAAAUAGUAAAGUAACGGUCAGAAUCGAGCCUGAAUCAUUUCCAACAGAGGAUAAUUAUAUAUUGUACUGUGUAUUCGAUCCAAGAAUGAAUAAUGAACAAAUUAUCAUUUUCCAUACCUUCCCAACUGCUGCCCACUUUAUCCUUAUAGAAACUAUACAAGGAAACACGUCACACAUAGUCGAUUGUGAGUCAUACGCUCUAAGAGAUUAUGAUGAAGCUGAAAAUAUUGUUUUAAUGGAUCUCAUGAGAGACGAUAAAGAUAGAUUCUUCACAUUUGAUUACGGCCUAGCCACGACUGAUUUAGGUGAUGUAACGAGCUUGGUGAACAUAACUUCGAAUGAAACAAGGUCUCUAAGGUUUGAAAUAAAUCAGUUUAUAGACAUUGGUGGCAGUUUAGCGAUCGAAGCGAGCCUAUUGAUGAGUAUAAAAUAUUACAUGGGCUAUAAAAGGGAUCUUCAGAAAGGAGGACUCUUAGCGUUUACAGAAGACAAUCCAUUUAUUAAAGUAGUAAUUUGCUUGAACAUCGACCAUGCGAGUAUACCGUUGCAAAGUGGUCAUUGCAAAUAUAACGAUCGCUUGAGACCAGCUUUGUUCGUCCUAAACAGCACAGACUCAGACUCUAUCUACGAUAAAUUAAUAAUUCCAUACCCAGAAGGUGGUUUAUGGUAUUUAACGCUGCGGUUAUUCUGUGAUAAUGUAGUUUGUCCUUGUCGCACAUCGCACAACGGUAGUAAAUAUUACGUGAACACGAAAGAGAUGGAUAUAGUAGAUUCUAGUGGGUUUUCAAGUGUUAUGAGAGAAGGUGAGACUGAUUGUAACGCGACGGUAGUAGUGUCGGUGACGUCGACGUCGUGCGUGAGCGGGAGAUGCAGUAACCAUGGCAACUGUGGAUAUAACACUUUCAGCGGUAUCGUUAUGUCGUACUGUUCAUGUUCAGCUGGUUAUGGUGGCUGGGAUUGCUCGGACGAUUCGAGGAUAGACAGUCACAUAUACAUGAUUUUCGCUGUUUUAUUACUAACAUUAAGUAAUCUUCUCUUUUUCUUUUCCAUUUAUGUAGCCACUAUACGGUUGUACUUCAUUGAAGCAGUCAUUAUAAUAGAGAAUUUUGUAAUGGGAGGUCUCCCUGCAAUUCUGUUGAUGGCGCCAAAAGAAUAUGAUAUGACAGAUAUAUCAGUUGACGAGAUUGACAUCAGACAUGUCACUUGUGAACGCAGAGCAGCAGCUUUUUGGAUAAUG